CAUCUUUUCUUCCGGUCGAAUCUACGUUACAUUUUUGAAUCCAGGGCCCAUCAUGUCUUCGGUCACGGCCCAAGACAUUCCCGAAAAGACACCCGAUGAUUCUUCCAAAUUGAAGACUUUCUUGUCCAUUCUCCGAAAGUUCGUCGGAGUGGCCGACAUCGCGUCUGUUCGUUUCUCAUUGCCUGCGCAUCUUCUAGAACCAACCCCAAAUCUUGAGUACUGGAACUACCUGGACAGACCGGAGGCCUUUGCAAGCAUUGGUCAAUCGGAGGAUCAACUGGGACGAACGCUAGAGGUUUUGAGAUUCUGGUUCACCAAAGACCUGAAAUACAUCAAGGGCAAACCAUGCAAGCCGUACAAUUCUACACUGGGAGAGUUCUUCAGGUGUAGUUGGGAAGUAGACCAGACACUCCCGGAAGUGACACCAGCUUCUAAAGCCGGCACCAUAGAUGCCGUCUCCAGCGUGAAUAACAGCAGCGGAGAACCGGUCAAGGUAUGCUACUUGACCGAGCAGACAUCUCAUCAUCCACCAGUAUCGGCCUUCUUCAUAGACUGUCCGGAGCGGGGACUCUCGGCUCGUGGUUUUGAUCAAAUCAGUGCCAAGUUUACGGGCACUAGCAUUCGGGUUGCACCUGGCCAACACAAUUUGGGCAUUUUCAUCAAUCUUAAAAAUAGGGAUAACGAAGAGUACCACUUGACUCACCCUGCGGCACAUCUUGGUGGUCUGCUUCGAGGGGCUCUGGCGAUAUCGGUCUCGGACACUUGCUACAUCACUUGCGGGAAGACGCGCAUCAAGGUUAUCUUACAGUACUUAGAAGAGGGCUGGAUCGGUCGGGCGCAAAAUAAGGUCGAGGGCGUGAUCUUUCGGUACAAUCCGGAUAGGGAUGUCAUUACGAGAAUAAAAGACGUGCCUGAAAGUGAUGUUCUUGCCAGAAUCAGCGGUUCGUGGCAUGGACAAGUCUUCUUCACGUUGGCCGGUACAAGUGAUCCUCGGCCUUUGAUUGAUGUCACUCCUCUUUUCCCGGUCGCAAAGACGCUACCGCCUGAGGAGAGUCAACUUUCCAAUGAAUCCCGGAAGUUCUGGUCUCUAGUUACUGAGGCGAUACUCGACAAGAGGUAUGGCCAGGCCACCAAGCUCAAGCAGGACAUCGAGGAACGGCAACGACAAAGGGCUGCAGAACGUCAGAAAAAUAACGAAGCAUGGCAGCCUCGUUUUUUUACAGGCGCUGUUACGCCUUCGGGUAGGCCAGAGUUAACCGAAGAUGGGCUGAAGGCGCUUGAGGGGGUACGCAGCGGCGAUUAUGAGUUGGAAGAGAGUGAAACGAAGGGUGCGUAGAGGCGUCGUUCCAUGGAUUUUAUUGUACAUGGACGAAUCUGGCGUAUUCGAAGAAACUGUUUUGGCGGCAUAUAGUUAGAGGUUCAUUUGGUCUUCUAAAUUCUUUUUUUGGUUGCCCCGGGUUUGCACUUCUAUCUGCUGUGCCGAUAGUAUUUGGCGGGUUUAGAUCUCUUUUCAUCACGCGGCGGGACCCCUUAAUGCGAGUUAUUGGCGGAGAUAGUGUAGGGAAUGCUGGUACAGUAAUGAAUGCAGUGGAGAUGUUGUUUCCCCAGCAUGCACUUUCCCGUCAUAGGCAGAGUUGUUGGGGCUGGCCGCUAGAUCGACCACCGUCCUAGGAGCCUCCACAAUUUGGAAACCGCCUUUCGUAUCUCACAGAAGAGGAUAUAUAUGAACAUAUGAAGGCCCCCUCAACAGAAUCCUAUAGUAUCACGCCC